AAAAAAAAAAAAAUGGAUUUAUUCCUUCCAAACUGCAACUCACCAAAAGAAGACCAAUACGUAUCACAAUGUUGUGGCCAUAAUCACCACAGUGACAAUAAUAAAUAUAAUCAACUCUCGAGCCAGCCACCUCCACUAAACCUAGUGGAUCACAUCUAGUGUUUACUUUGGGGAUAUUUUAGUGGUCAUGGUAGAUUGUCGCCUGACUGCUGGCUUUUUCUACCAUGUUUCAGGAAUAUAGAGAUGUGUACAGAUGGCCCCUAAAAUUAAUUAGUAUGCAAUUCUCAAAGAGCCAAACUGUACCCCAAAAGCUACUGGAAUGAAAAAAAAAGUUUUAAUUCUCAAAGAGACAAACUAGAUAGUAGAAGCAUUUAUGUUCCCUUGGAGAAUCUUCCCACCAAGGACUCAAAGUUGUCUCCAGACCAGGGAAUGCCUGGGGCCUUGGACUUUCCCAAUUCUGGUAUCACCUCCCAUUCUCCUUUAGGUCCAGUUUUCUCAGAGGGUCAUGCAUUGCUCAUUGCCACCAAGGGUAUCCAAGGACACAAACUGAAGAUAAUAGUGCCUUAUUGUCUCUCAGUCAUCUUUCUCUCCCACAUGCUGGAAGGAGAGCCGAGUCCAAUUUAUCCAAUUACAAAAUAGCAACAUUGGCAUCAUGAGAUCAGCUAAUAAAACUUUCGAGGCAAUCUAGCUUCCUACCGAAAGUAACCAACAUCUGUGGAGCACUUACCAUGACUAAGGGUCAACAUAAGUGGUUUGCAUGCUGCAUGCAUCAGGAUGGACUAGGUUAUGCUGCAGUAACAAAUUAACCCCAGAGUCUCAGCAGCUUAGCAAUCAAGGUUGAUUUCUUACAUUCCAUGUCCACAAUGGGUUGGCUGGGUAUGGUGUGCUCCAUAUGGCCACUCAAAGACCUAGAAUGAUGGAAAUUCUACCAUCUUAAUGUAAGGAUUCUCCCAUAGUUACUGCACCAGGAGAUGAAAGAAUGAGAUGGUUAUUCCCAAGCCCUCAAAAGCUGUAGAGUAGAGGUGAUAUCAGUGACCUCCACUUAUAGAGCAUUGGACCCUGGCAUGGAUCCAUCUAACUACAGGGGGCCUGGGGAAUACGGGGAGCAGAUGGAAAUCCCAUGAGCAGUAACCAUUCCUGCCAGCAUGCAUUAUUUCAUCUGAACCUCACAACCCUAUGGAAUAGAGAACAGAGGCUUGGAGAGUUAUGGGACCUGCCCCAAGGCAUCAUAGAUAAUGAGUUGCAGAGCUGAGAUAUGACCCUCGGCCUGGCAGGAUUCAAACCACUAUGCUGCAUACUCAUCACAAAAUUCUAUGAAAUUCCUCAUACAGCAAAACACCACACCAAGUAAAAAGAAAGCCAAGUUGUGCAAAUACAAAAUAGAACUCACCUGACACUUCACCUCCUCCCCAACCCCACCCCCACCGAAAGAAUCAACCUACGCAAAUAACUGGAAUGAAAUUCUCAGGCAAUUUCAGCAGGGGAAAUGGGGUUAUCUCAUCUGGGUCUCAUCCGACCUCGUCAAGACAAGACCUUCCCUACACUUCACCUGAACACCUGGACCACCGUCAUGUCUUGCCACUUCUUGUUACUGGAAAUCCAAUGAUGAUGUCUUUAUACAAUUUAUAGGUCUUUCUAUAAGUGCCAAGAUAAAUGUCAUCUCUGUACCUGCAUAUCAUUCAGAGGUAGGCAAGCUUCUAUGUAAAGUACUAGAUAGUAAAUAUUAUAAACUUUGCAGGACUCAUCUGAUCUCCAUCCUAUAUAUUUUUUUCUUUUUGUUUUUGUUUCACAAUUUUUUUUUCUUUUUAGAUAGGGUCUAAAAAGAAAAUAAAACUUAUCCAUGUUGUGAUAUGGAUGAACGCUGAAAAUAUGCUCAGUGAAAGAAGCAGACAUGAAAGGUCAUAUAUUGUAGAAUUCCAUUUAUAUGCAAUGUUCAGACUAAGCCAAUCGACAGAGAUAAAAGUAGACGAGAGGUUUCCAAGGGCUGCAGGAGGGGGUAUGCAGAGUGACUGCUGAAUGGAUAUGAGGCUUCCAACUGAGGUGUUGAAAAAGCCCUGAAACUAGGUAGUGGUGAUAAUUGCACAACAUGAUAAAUGUACAAAAUGUCCCUGAAUUGUACACUUUCAGAUGCACAAAAUGAUAAAUGUUGCAUAUAUUAUACCACAAUUUUAUUCAUUUAUUUUAGAGAUAGAGUCUCACUCCAUCACCCAGACUGCAGUGCAAUGGCACAAUCAUAGCUCACUGCUGCCUUUACCGCCUGGGCUCAAGCAAUCCUCCCACCUAGUCUUCCAAGUAGCUGGGACUACAGGUGAACCCUACCACACCCAGCUUUUUUAAUUUUUUUAUAGAGUUGCAUUCUCGCUUUAUUGCCCAGACAGGCCCAAACUCCUGGCUUCAAGUGAUUCUCUCAUCUCAGCCUCCCAAAGUGCUGGGAUAACAGGUGUAAGCCAUCAGGCCAGGCAAUUUUUAAUUCUUAUGCAAAAUUUUCAACUAAUUCCUAGGAUUAAAAAAAAUGUCGAUCAACAUGCGGAUUAGAGGAAAAAAUAAUUUUAAACAAGAGAAAAAGUUAAAUGAGAUGAUGUAUAUGUAUACAGUGCCUGGCCUCAUGAUCACUGAGUCCACUGCAGCUUUUAAUUUUUUUUUCCAUACAGGGUCUCACUCUGUCACCCAGGCUGAGUACAGUGGCAUAAUCAUGGCUUACUGCAGCCUCAACCUCCUGGGCACAAGUAAUCCUCCCACCUCAGCCUCUCAAGUAGCUGGGACUACAGAUGCACACAAACACACCUAGCUAUUUUUGUUGUUGUCAUUGUAUUUUUUGGUAGUGUCAGGGUCUCACCAUGUUGCCCAGGCUGGCAUCUUGAACUCCUGGGCUCAAGCGAUCCUCCCACCUCAGCUUCCCAAAGUGCUGGGAUUACAGGUGUGAGCCACCAUGCCCAUCCUGUUGUAGCUAUUUUAAUAGUGCUGGUGAGCAAUAAUUUGCUCUCCCUCUAAAAACAGAACAUACUAAGCCAAGGAAAGCACCAAUCUAGUUUGUUCUCCCCAGAUCUUCAAAAUGUUGGAAUUAGUAUAAGAGUCCAAAAUAUUUCAUGUGGUUUAUUUAUUUAUUUAUUUAUUUUGGAGAUGCAGUCUCGUUCCAUCGUCCAGGUUGGAAUGCAGUGGCACAAUCUCUGCUCACUGCAACCUCCGCCUCCCGGGUUCAAGCAAUUCUCCUGCCUCAGCCUCCCAAGUAGCUGGGAUUACAGACAUGAACCGCCACGCCUGGCUAAUUUUUGCAUUUUUAGUAGAGAUGGGAUUUCUCCAUGUUGGCCACUCUGGUCUUGAACUCCUGACCUCAAAUGUUCUACCCGCCUUGACCUCCCAAAGUGCUGGGAUUACAGGUGUAAGCCACCAUGCCCGGCCAGUUUGAUUUUUUAUUGUUGUAAAAUACAUACAAAAUCUAUUAUUUUAGCCAUUUUCAAAGGAAAAAUUCAGUGCUGUCAAGUGCAUCCACCACACUCUACAGCCAUAUCCCCCAUCCAUCCCCAGAAUGCUUUCAUACUGUCCUGCAAAUAUGCAGCACCUUGCUACACUCCAGGUUGUUGUCCCACAACAGAGCUGGGUUGAAUUAUUAAUGUGGACUUUGUUCAACAACGGACUAAAGAGGGAGAAACCCAAGAACUCUGUGAGGAGUGCAUGACAGGUGCUCGUGGGAUGACAUGGCUCGGUGCCCUCCAGCUGCUGCUGCCACCACCUGUCCUGCUGGGCGGCCACCCCCUCCCAGGGAAGAAGAGCACUCACAACUGCUGCCGAUCUCCUUCCAGGGCUUCCGCUGGGACUACGAUCAGGAUGUGGACACCCCCAACAGGGACCGUCUGGCCGGGGAGGGCGUCAAGGCCAAGUACCUCAUGCCGCCCCUUGUCACAAUGACCUCCCCGUCCCACUUCACUGCCAUGCCAGAGCAUGGCUCUUUGCUGCUAAAGUCACCAAGAACGGGAGUCAUUAUGACCCUUACGGUCACCCGAGAGGAAGAAUGGAGACUUUUCUUAACUGAGUGGGGCCAAGAGAUAAGACCAGCUCUGGCUAAGCGGUGGCCAAGAGUGUGGGCGGAAGACAACCCUCCAGGGUUUGCAGUCAACCAAGCCCCCGUACUUAUAGAAGUUAAGCCUAGGGCCCAGCCGGUUAGCAAAAACAGGAGCCGGUCCCCAGAGAAGCUCUUGAAGGUAUCCAGGUCCAUCUCAAGCACCUAAGAACUUUUGGAAUUAGAGUUCCUUGUCAGUCUCCAUAGAACACUCCCCUCCUGCCUGUUCCCAAGCCUAAGACCAAGGACUACUGGCCGGUACAGGAUUUGUGCUUGGUUAAUCAGGCUACAGUCACUUUACAUCCAGCAGUAUCUAACCCGUACACAUUGCUGGGGUUGCUGCCAGCUGAGGACAGCUGCUUCACCUGCUUGGACCUGAAAGAUGCUUUCUUUAGCAUCAGAUUAGCCCCUGAGAGGAAGAAGCUGUUUGCCUUUCAGUGGGAAGAUCCGGAGUCAGGUGUCACUACUCAGUACACUUGGACCGGGUUUCCCCAAGGGUUCAAGAACUCCCCCACCAUCUUCGGGGAGGCAUUGCCUCGAGACCUCCAGAAGUCUCCCACCAGAGACCUAGACUGCGUGUUGCUCCAGUACGUUGAAGAUCUUUUGCUGGGACACCCCACGGCAGUCGGGUGCACCAAAGGAACAGAUGCUCUACUCCGGCACCUGGAGGACUGUGGGUAUAAGAUGUCCAAGAAAAAAGCUUAGAUCUGCCGACAGCAGGUACAUUACUUAGGAUUUACUAUCGGAAAGGGGGAGAGCAGCCUAAGAUCAGAAAGAAAGCAUGUCAUUUGCGAUCUACCGGAGCCUAAGACCAGAAGGCAGGUGAGAGAAUUCUUAAGGGCUGUGGGGUUUUGCAGACUGUAGAUCCCAAACUUUGCAGUAUAAGCCAAGACUUUGUAUGAGGUCACAAAGG